AUGCCUAAAGGCAGAGGCAGAAAGGGAGAAAAAGCACCGCGAAAGAAAGGCAAAGGUAAAAAGCAAAGCCCGUUAACGGUCGUGCCACGAACUGUUCCUGCGCCAAAUUGCCCAAGAAUGGAUGUUGAAGAGCUUUCCCCUUCAUCCUACCAUCAUCAGCAGUCUACUAUCCAGCGAGAAAUCGCAUCAGCAUCGUCACGAUCAGUAAAUUCUUUGCAACCAUUGAAUGCAAUGCUUCAAGUAACGCCUGCCAGUCAUACUUCAACAGCAUCCCUGCAGCAGCCGGUAUCUUUACAACGACCACCGUCGUUACUACUUCAAGAAACAUCUCAAAUCACAUAUUCCCAAAGUUCAAGGUUAUCGCAGCAACAUCCAACACAAACACUGCAGCAGCCUGCAUCUUCGCAACGAACACCAUCCUUGCAAUUUCAAUCAACAACUCAAAGUACACCUUUUCAAAGUCCAACGUUAUUACAGCAACGUCCUACGUCAUCACUGCAACAACCAAUAACAUCCUUGCAAUUACAACCAGCUACCUACCAAAUUCCUGUAAGCUGCCGUCAACCACAAUGUCCAUCUUUUCCAAGUCCAACGUAUGGACAGUUUCUCAUUUAUUUAUUACAGUUCUGCCCAAUGCAAACAUCGACAUGCUUCGGAUGCGGACAACCACUAAAAGAUGGUGAUCAAAUAAGAAUAGCGCCCAACGACAUAGUCAUUGUUUCAAAGAUG